UUCAACAUUCAGUUAAUGCCCACUGUAAGCUCUUUCCAACACUAAUAAUUCUAUCGUCUAACCGUUGUUAUCGAUAAGCGCUCAUUUUCUGAUUGCUCGUUCGCAAAAAAUAAACACUUUUCCGGCAUUUAAAAAUGUUUUCACUGCUUCAUAAAGAGGAAAAUGCGCACGAUAGUCCGCUGUGGGCGUGCACCUGGGGACGCGACACUGCCGCCCCAGAUCCGGAUGACGCGGGCACGGAGCCAGAAGAGGAGAAUCCCUUUGAUUUCGACAAGAAGGAGGCGCGCCCAAAGGAUUUCAUAGUCACUGGCGGCCUGGACGACUUGGUAAAGGUGUGGGACUUGCAGGAGGACAACACGCUAAAGUUGCGCCACAAACUGAAGGGACAUGCUCUGGGAGUCGUUUCUGUGGCCGUUAGUUCCGAUGGACAGACCAUUGCCAGCAGCUCUCUCGAUUCCACGAUGUGUUUGUGGGAUGCGCGAUCAGGCGACAAGAAACACCUGCUGACCUUUGGGCCCGUUGAUCUCUGGACGGUGAAAUUUUCCCCCUGCAACAAAUACGUGAUAUCCGGACUGAAUGACGGCAAAAUCUCCAUGUACAGUGUGGAAACCGGAAAGGCAGAGCAGACAUUAGAUGCCCAAAACGGCAAAUACACGCUUAGCAUUGCCUACAGUCCUGAUGGCAAGUACAUUGCCAGUGGAGCCAUCGAUGGUAUCAUCACCAUUUUCGAUGUGGCCGCGGGCAAGGUGGUUCAAACAUUGGAAGGACACGCGAUGCCAGUGCGCAGCCUGUGCUUUUCGCCAAACUCGCAGAUGCUGCUCACUGCCUCGGAUGAUGGCCACAUGAAGCUUUAUGAUGUCACGCACUCGGACGUUGUGGGCACCCUUUCCGGGCACGCCUCGUGGGUGCUGUGCGUGUCCUUCUCCGAGGACGGCAAGCACUUUGCCAGCUCAUCCAGUGAUAACAGCGUGAAAAUAUGGGAUACCUCGGAGCGCAAGUGCCUACACACAUUCGCCGAGCACACAGAUCAGGUGUGGGGCGUGCGAUAUAGCCCCGGAAACGACAAGGUCGCAUCUGCCUCCGAAGACAAGUCACUAAACAUAUACUACUGCCCGCCCAAUGCCAUUGUUUGAUCACCAUUUUGUACAAUAAAGCGUAGGUUUAAAACAAA